UAAUGCCAACCCAACUGGGAGAAUGGAAGUGGAACUGCAUCUAUCUUCAAUUUGUAGACUUUGUGCUGAUAAUAAUCCAAAUGGAGUACUUCUGUUCGACGAAGGUUCACCAGACAGAGACCUUAGAUCUUUCAUCAAUACAUACCUACCAUUCAAGGUUCAAAACGAUGGCAAGUUGCCUCAGACAAUUUGUCCCGGUUGUAACAUUCAACUACAGGCAACUGUUCAGUUUUUCGACCUUGUUAUUGAAGGUCAGAAGAAAAUACGAACAAUGUGGAGGGAACAGAUUAGUCAGCAAAGAAGAGUGGAGAAAGAGAUAUCGGGGAGUUCACAGUUGCUGCAGAUGCCAUGCUCUCUGACUGGGUCACUGAACAAUGCGACCGAGCACUCCUACAGUCAAGAGGAGUCAGAGACUGCCGUGCCAGAAGGCACUAGUCCUGUGGAGGAUCUUAUUAACGAGGUGGAGCAACAACUUGGUGUUGAAGUUUUUGGAGAAAACGGAAGCAUGUACAGUUCGGAUGACCCAUUAGUGUUGAAAGCUGAAGGCCUUGAAAAACCCAGGAAGAAAAGAGGACGGCCUAAGAAAAUCCCCCAGACUGAUCCUGAAAUAAUAGCACUGGAGAAUUCUAUGAGUGGAAACUCGGAAAUCUUAUCUGAAGAUGUUAGGGGAGAUGAGAAGAAUGUUAAGGAUGAUGAUACUGAUGGCAGAAGACGUAGGAAAAGAAAAGUGCCACAAAGAUACAAGGAAGCUGUACAGGGAAAGGAACUUGAGAGGAUAUUCAGAGAAGAAGGUGUCAUUGAUGAAGAAGAAGAGAAGGAAGUAAUCGUUGAGUUAGUAGAUGAACAGUUACCCACAGUUGUCGAUACGCCAGCAGAACAAGUUAGUGAGGUGAUCGGACACUUAGAGACUCAGGAAGGCCAGGAUCUGGGUGAAGUGAUUGUAAUCAAUAAGAUUAAAGCAAGGAGAAAGUAUCCCAUUAGGAAGAAAAUUCGUUUUCAAUGUGAAAUUUGUGGUAGGGGUUUUCUUCAUCAUGGAAGAUACAUGUUUCACAAAUCUGUACAUAAAGGAGUUAAAUUUGAGUGUACAACAUGUCAAAGAAGAUUUUCAACUAAAGAAAACUUUGAACUUCAUCAAAAGAUAUCUGGACACUCUGGAGAAGGUAUAAUAGAGAACUUGGAAGAAGAAACCAGUGAAGCAAAAUCUACAGAAGAGUCAGCCAAGGCGGUAGAAGUCAGUUGCAAAUAUUGUGAUAAAGUCUUCCCUUCAAAAAGAAUCUAUGAAGUCCACCUAAUGACAGACCACCAAGAGGCUAAACCCUUCCAGUGUGACAUCUGUCAGAAGAGCUUCUCCCACCAAACCAGCCUCAAGUGUCAUCUGCAGACUCAUGAAGAGCCAACUGGAAAGGAAAAGGGCUACCCCUGUGGGCUCUGUGGCAAAAGAUUGAACCAUCCCAGCUCCGUGCUAUACCACAGAGAGGCAGAGCACAACAAUGGCCGCCGCUUUGUGUGCAGUAAGUGUGGCAAGAGCUUCAAGCACAAGCAGUUGCUGCAGCGACACCAGCUAGUCCAUUCAGACAACAGACCAUUCCAGUGUACAUUGUGCUCCUCCAGCUUUAAGACCAAAGCCAACCUAAUGAACCACCAUGCAACUCACACGGGAGAAAAGAAACACAAGUGUGAACAUUGUGGUCAACAGUUUGCUCACAAGACCAGUCUUACUCUACACUACAGGUGGCACUCGGGUCAGAAGCCAUACCAGUGCUCGGUUUGUAAGAAGAUGUUCUCUCAGAAAGGGAACUUACAAGAACAUCACAGGAUACACACAGGAGAGAAACCCUUCCACUGUAACCUCUGUACUCGCAAGUUCACCACAUCAUCCCAGUACAAGCUACAUAUGAAGAGACACACUGGAGAGAGACCUUGGAAGUGUGAGUACUGUGGCAAAUCCUUCCUGCACAAGGACGCUUGGAAGUGUCACAUCCGCAGGCACAAGGGAGAAAAGCCCUUCCAGUGUCCUCACUGUUCCCGGGACUUUCCAGAGCAGUGGGCACUCAAGAAGCACAUGCGUCUCCACACAGGGGAAAGACCUUACUCGUGUACAAUUUGUGGUAAAACAUUUGCUGAUUGUUCCAAUCUGACCAAGCAUAAAAAGGUCCAUGCUCGAGAGGCGAAGAUCGAGGAAGAGGAGCAAGGGACGAUUGACGGAGUGGACAUGUCAGUAUGGAACAUCAUACAGUCGCACUUGCAGGAGAAUGCUGUGAUUGACAAGGAUUCGCUCAGAGCUGAGGAGGAUGUGCAGCAGAUCAUCUACGUCACCUACCAUCAGGACUGUGACGAAAACGUGGCAGUCAAACUUGCACCGGCUACGCUGGCGGGCACUGUUGCAGUCAAGUUGCAGGAAAAUGAAAAGUACAUUCUGCCAGGCCUCGCAGUGGAUGAGGACACGAACCUGCGGGAGGAGUCUUUGACUCUGAACACUCAACCACUUCAUGUGACUGAUGACCAAGGCAACCCUCUGCAGUUAACUAUGCAAGAUGGCAGUGCUCUACAGAUAACAACAACAGAUGGUCAGAACCUCCAUGUCACAACCAAGGAUGGCCAGAUGAUCCCACUGCAGAUAACAAGCAGUGACGGGCCUCUGGAAAUCCCGGUGGCUCAGGACAUUGUCGAUGAGCCAAUCUCCACACUGGAGUUCACUGCAGCCGACGGCCAGAAGUUUAAGAUCAUUCCCCCAUACAUCUCUGACACGACACUUGACGCAGAGUAUCUUAAUAUCGCUUAAAUCAUGUGUAAGAAAUCCACAAUGCACAGCAGUGGAUUGAAAUACUGUGUUUAAGAUGUAAGGAAUAGAUUGUUACCUUAAGAUAUUCUUGAUAAUUAAGCUCAUUAUAACAAAGGAAUGCAUAGAUUUAUCAACUAGAUGAUAUUGGUAUGCAGGACGUUUUACCAAUUUAAAAGUUCCGAGACUGGGACAAACUAAUACAGAAAAAAGUAACUAAUUACCAAGUAACUAAAAGUAAAAGGUAACUUGAAUGGUGGAUUUUAAGUUAAAUCUAAAAACAACAUAUUAUGGGCAAAGUAUUAAUAAGGGUCCCAUAGGAAAAGUUAUAGCCAACUAAAUGUACUUUUUUUAUAUAAAGGGUCAUUUUUACUGUCUUAUGGUUUAGACAUACUAUUCAUUUCAAAAAUUUUAACGUUAACUUUGACUAUGAAUUGACUUUUUUUAAUGUUACAUGUUAUACCUCAUUGUAACUUUUUUCAAAUAUAUAAUAUUUAGAAACAUAUGGAAGCUGCAGAGUUGAAUUUGAUUCUUUGUGAGAAUACUUAUUUUUGCAGGUAAAUAACUUUAAAGUGUGCUAAAGGAAUAAGCAUGAUUUUUAUUUAAACAUAAUAACAUAUAACAUGUACAACUAUUUAAUUAUACUUUACAAUAUGUACUGAAGGUUGAGUUACAUAAAGAUGUCACAGUUUUAUAAAAUUUGGUAUUUUUACAACAAACACUCCAAUAAUAUAGGUUUUUUUUAUUUUUGUGAGGCCUUUCAUACUCAAUGAGAACAUCAUCAGACUAAAUAAAAGUGG